UGUAUAACCAUAGAUAUGUGUUGUAACUUGUAGCUUAUGUACCUACAUUUUAAAUUUUAAUAACAUUAUAAUAUUUAUUUAAAAUGGAAGAGGUAGAUUCCAUCAUUUUACAUUUCCUUCGCCAGUUAAAUAUAAAUAUUGAUGAUGAAAUUAAGAAUAUUUGUGAUCUACCAGUGGAAAGGAUAAUAGAAUCAGCUGCAAAAUGUAUUACUGCCAUCAAUCAAAAUAUAAAGGUGCCAAGUAAAUUGCCUUCAGGAGUAUCACAAAAGAUUGAAGUCGCUGCACAUGUGGCAUCAAUUUGCAAGGAUCUGGGAUACCAGAAUGAUGUUGGAUACCAAACAUUUCUCUAUCAUAAUGAAACAGAAUUGAGGCAAGUAUUUAUGUUCCUGAUUGAAAAGCUACCAAGUGAAGAUAAAAAACCGACUACUAAAGUACAUCCAACCAAUAAAAAGCAUCAACUGUUUCAAGAUAUAAGCAACAAAAUUACAGAAGACUUGAACACUAUUUGGAUUCCACCAUGUUGUAAAUCUGGUGUUAAUAGCUCUUUGGAAGAUUUUCUUUGUAGACAACAAGAUAAAUCAACAGAUCCACACAUAGAUUUGGAAGCAGUCGCUAGAAAACUGUCAAAGAUCAAAGGAAUCAGGCAGAAUGUGAACUUGAUAUCAAAUCCAUCUACAGAUAAUAUAAUGCAGCAAACUAUGGAUACAAAACAAAGCAUGGAUGAUGUUAAAACAUAUGAAACUGAUAAAACGUUGAAAGAAUUAAAAGAAACGGCCAUUAUACUUCGACAAAAAUUAGACACAUUAGAAAGCGAAAGAAAUGUAAUGGAUGUAGAAUAUUCGCAGGCACAAAAAAAUUGUGAUAGGGUUGAGGCAGACCUACAAAACAUACAAAAUAUCUUACGUAGUGUUGGUAUAUCAGAAAUUGAAUCUGACUGUAUGGAUAACAUUCUUGAAAAAGUUUAUGAAAAUAUAAGUAUGUUACACCGAAAAAGUGAAGACCUGACUUCCAAGAAUCUGUCAUUAAAGAUGGAAGUAGCCAAAUUGAAAGCAAACAAUACUUUAAAUGAACCUGAACGAAGUAAAUGCAGGAAAAUACUAACAAAUUUAAAGGAAACAGCUAAAGGAAUGAAAGAGGAAUGUGAAAAGAAAGAAGAAUUUAGAAAUCAAUUAAAAAAUAAGUACGAAAAACUGAGAGGUGGGAACAAGAGGCAUAUUUAUACUAAACGAAUAUUAGAAAUAAUAGGCAAUGUUGUCAAGCAGAAUGCUGAAAUUAAAAAAAUAUUGGAAGACACAAGACAACUCCAAAAAGAAAUCAACACUCUCGAAGGCCAGUUGGAUAGAUGUUUUUCAAUUGCUGAUGAAACAUUAUUCAAAGAUGCUAAACGGGAUGAUCAAGCAAAAAAGGCCUACAAGCUACUAGCGUUGCUACAUUCAGAAUGUAACACUAUAGUGACGUUAGUGAAUGACACUGGUAUUCUAUCCAGGGAUAUCAUAGAUUUAGAAGAUAACAUAAAAGCAGAGAAGUCAAAGAGGACCGAAGAUAUUCUGCAGAAAAUACAGCUAGAUCUCUCAAAACUGCAAAAUGAAUCUUAUUAAUGUAACCUACCGUAACAUACCACAAUAUACGAUAGUAGCAUUUG